CUCUGACCGGCUCAUGACUUUCUGAACGCUGCACUCAUGCAUGGCCACUCAAAGUAACAGUAGCGAUGGCUGGGAACGGGAGACAGCUGCGCUUCGCGAGACCCCGUCUCCACACUCCAUUUGCCACGAAAAACUAGGUUUCACACGAGAGGUUGGCCUCGGGUCUAUGUGUGAAGACAUUUUGUGAAUGAAUAAGUUGGCCGGCCACUUUCAAAAGAGUCUGGUAAGCUGGCAAAGCUGCCAGGAUUUGGGAACGGGGGGAACGGGGAGGGCUCCUGCUGCCUUGGGAGGUCUGUAUGCUUUUCAACGUACUCAAAUUGUGACACCAGUGGCCGCUGGAUAUUGCUUUCUAUAGAUAAGUUUGGCAACUUCGGUCAAGGUAUGCUUCAAGGUCAAAGGUUUUAUAUAGAACCUUAGUCGAUGGAUUUGCCGCCCUCAAUACAACAACAUUUUAAUCAUGAAAACUAUAGAGUGACCUGGCUUUCACAGGCCCUUUAACCUUAUUUGAAUGCAUAUUUCUUCUUGAUGUCCUGAAAUUGGGUCCAUCUGAAUUGGGCCCUCCACACAUCACUGUCCAGUCAACGCUUUCAUCUGUUUUUGAACAUUAUAAUGUCGAUCUCAGCACAUCCCUGCGAGGCAGUGAAGCGAACAGGUGAGAGAGAAAGAGAUUGUGUGUAUGAGUGUGGUGAAAAAAAAGUGUGUGAAUGCGAGUAUGUGAGUGUAUGUGUGUGUGUCAGUGGUUGGAGAGAAUGUGAGCCAGAGAGAGUUUGUUCACACUGUGCAUGCCAGGUUCAUCGCAGUCAGUUAGAGAGUUAAAUAGAAAGGGGUCACAAAAUCAUCAUGUUUAUGUGAAAAGUCUUUUAUGUGAUUUACUGUGAAGAGUGACCAAUGACAAGAGCAAGUCGAUUCGGUCAAUUUUCCUAAAUAUCAUUUGAUAAACUGUGCUGGGGACUGGCGAGUGCUUCAUCAGGGUUGACCUUUCGGACCUUACGCAGAGCCGUGAAAUGCUGUGUGAGUUCAUGAGGGAUGUGUAUUAUGUGUUUUAUCUGUUUUGUUACAGAUAAAAUGUCUUCUUGUUCUGUGAGCUUUAGCUGUGGUUAUCGCGUGUUUGAACGUACAUUACUAUGCAGGCCUAGACGGACCGUACACUGUAACCAUGUGUAUGCCAUAAUUCAUACCAAAGCAUGUCCUUGGGUACACUGUAACGUUAUUAUAGUUUUAUAACAUAUUUGGUUCAUAACUACUGAUGGAAUCCUUCUCUUCCCCUGUUAACCUUUUCCCUCACCUGACGCUACUCUCUCUCUCUCUGUCUCUCUCUCUCACGCUCUACACUACAAACUGUACUUUCUCUCUAGGCUAGAAAUCGUGAAGCAUGGGUGACUGGAGCUUUCUUGUGCGGCUCUUGGAAAAUGCACAGGAACACUCAACCGUGAUCGGCAAAGUCUGGCUGACGGUACUCUUCAUUUUUAGGAUUCUGGUGUUGGGGACAGCUGCCGAGGAUGUCUGGGGCGACGAGCAAUCCGACUUCACCUGUAACACGCAGCAGCCCGGCUGCGAGAACGUCUGUUAUGACGAGGCCUUCCCCAUCUCCCACAUCCGCUUUUGGGUGCUUCAAAUCAUCUUUGUGUCCAUGCCGACGUUCAUCUACCUGGGCCAUGUGCUGCACAUUGUUCGCAUGGAGGAAAAGAGGACAGAACGCAAGGAGGAGCAUCGAAAGGCAUGCAGACUCCAGGAGGAGAAAGAACUCCUGUAUAGAAAUGGUCAGGGAGGGGAGUCUGGCGGACGGGGUGGGGGCAGUGGCGAAAAAAAGGUGAAACCGCCAAUCAGAGAUGAGCACGGGAAAAUCCGCAUCAGAGGUGCCUUGUUGCGCACCUAUGUGUUCAACAUCAUUUUCAAGACGGUGUUUGAAGUGGGCUUUAUUUUAGGUCAGUAUUUCCUCUAUGGGUUCCAGUUGAGAGCCCUGUAUAAGUGUGCACGGUGGCCUUGCCCGAACACGGUGGACUGCUUCAUUUCCCGGCCCACGGAAAAAACUAUCUUCAUCAUAUUUAUGCUUGUGGUGGCUUGCGUGUCCCUUUUGCUGAAUUUGUUAGAAAUCUAUCACCUCGGAUGGAAGAAAGUCAAACAGGGCAUGACCAAUGAGUUUGCCCAUGACCAUGAGUUACUGCCCAAUUCUAAUGAAGCAGAGGCCGAAUCUGUGAUCGCAUCUCCCAGAACUGCCCCACCCGCCCUCAGCUACCCGCCAGACUACACGGAGGUAGUGGUGGGUGGCGGUGCCUUCCUACAGGCUGUGUCGGUGCCCUCCACGGCAGAGUUUAAGAUGGACCCUCUGCACGAGGAGAUGGAGGAGACCUCACCUUUCUUCAUCAGCAACAACAACCACAGGCUGGCCGCUGAGCAGAACUGGGCCAACCUGGCCACCGAGCAGCAGACUCGGGAGAUGAACGCCGCCUCCCCCUCCCCUUCCUCCUCCUCUCAUUCCUCUGAUAACGGGCAGCAAGUCAAAGAUGCUGCUCAACCCAUUGGCACCCCCACUUCGACUGGCGGCAGUUUGAGUGGUGGGGCAGAGGAGGGCCAUGUCAUCACCACAGUGGAGAUGCACGAGCCACCCGUUAUUUUCACUGAUGUGCGACGACUGAGCAGGGCUAGUAAAGCAAGCAGUGUCAGAGCAAGACCCAAUGAUCUGGCAGUGUAGUGGCCGUCUACCCCCACCCCAAAGCUCAGAUUUACUUAUAGACAAUCACAACAAAUAAAGACUCAUAAAAAGUGGAAUUGAGAGGCAGAUUGCUGGGACUUGAAAAUGAUCCUAAAGACGACUCCAUUCAUAAAUAUUACUCAGCCGUGCAAUCAGUGAGUAAAUAGUCUCCUGCAGAACUCAAGUCAGUUGCUCUGAAGGGGUUAAUUUUCUGAUUUUAUGUGGUUAUGAAGUCAUUGAAUUGAGUGACAUAUUUGAUGCAGGAAAUGGUCUACCAUAUCCUGAUGUACAGGCAUAGUAAUUUAGCACCUUCUAUAAGUUUUAAUAGUCAGGUCAAGCAAAUAAUUUCCCAUGGUGUCCACAUUGACAUAAGUAGAAAUUAGUCAUGAAACAAUGACAAGGUCUCAAGUAAAGAAUAAGUAUGUUCUGGAGGAUAAUAAAUGUCAGGUUGUACAUUGUUUGGAGAGAAUAGUUGUAAAAUCAGUACAAAUUCAGCACUUUCUCAGAUUGUCCUUUCAUGCCAUCAAUUCCAUUUAGUAGGUAAAUUGUAUCCAAGGCAUUACAGUAACCUAAAAUGUCUUAACAUGCCACAUGCAUGUGUGUUAAUCGUUGUGUAGGCACAAUAAUUAACUCUGGGCCACUGAAUUAUUGAAAAUAUUGUACACACUUUGGGUGUGGAAUACAUUUUAAUAAAUGUAACUAUUGUUCCAUACAAGGAUUAGGCACAGUAGGUUCAUUAUCCUUGGCACAACUCAUUGAUUCACAUUUUCAACUGGAUCCACCUACUUAUUAUUUGUUAGUCAUUGCAUUGAUGGGGCAGAAAAUUGAGGAUUAAGGUGCAAUUAUGGACUACAGCAAGAACAUUUAUAGGAAAAGUAAAUACAUAAAUGCCCUCUAUGUUAAAAUCGCUCAGUUGUUUCUUUGAGUAAAAAGAGAUUUAUUUGAAUGAUAAAAUGAGAAAACAUAAUUCUUUUUACAGUUCUCUGUUCAGUUAUUCCAGGAUCUGUCGAUACAUUUCCUCACUCUAAAGAGAAAUCUAAAUGUUGGAGGGGAUGUUGGAGACCCACGGUAAAAAGAACAAUGCCCCAAUAUAAGGGGCAAACCUCAAUGCUUCACUGUGAAUAAAUACAGAGUAUAAUGUCAACCGUACUAUUUGGAGGCAAAUGACAGAGAAAUAUUUAGAUAACUCAGUUUUAAUUGAUAUAUUUUGUGUAUUCUCUGGACCAUGUUUCUUUUUUCCCCAUUUCCCUUCCAUGAUCUGAUGUUCACAUCUUGCUCCUAUAUUACAUUUGAGAGUUUUGAUUUAUAUCCAUGUCCAGCUUUGCCAUCAGAAAAACAUGAUCGCUUUUUGAUGUAGAUGGUUAAUCUGAUGAGGGGGGAGGGGUACUAACGCUCAAUACAUGUGACAUUUGAAAUCCUUAUUGCUUUUAUAUUUAAAAGUUUGAACGAACAUUAAGGAAUUGGUUGAAGAUGAGUACAAAAACAUUAUCAGGAGCAUUGCUUUUCUGUAGUCAGUUCAUGGUUGCCAGGAAAGUAAUUAUUUAAAAACGGACACACAGAAAUGCUGAUAUGAAGUUCCCCAAUUCUCUUUUUUUGUCCAAUUUCAGGUUACUGUGAGGCCCUCAUUUUCACUGACUGCUACUGCUGUUAUAAGCUAGGACAUGCACAGCCUUUGUCAUAGUGUUAGUAAAGACAGGCCAUCCAUAACAACCACGCCAAACAAACUCUAACUACAUCGUUUUCGGUUUUGGAACCCAUUGAAACAAAAUGUACUUUUAUUUUAUUUUAAGAUGCAUGCUUUGCAAUCCAAUUAAAGAGACAGUUUUAGGCAGUCCUAAAUUAGAAGCAUUGCUUCAUCAUACAGAGUCUGUGCAGGUUGUUGCUUGCGACAGUAUUAAUUCAGCUUUUAUCAGAUCACAGUAUUAACAGAUGUAUGUUAUUUAUUUUCUGCUGUUUUAAUGUAUCCAAACCAAAAGUGUGUUAUUUUGUCAUUUUUGGUUCUUAAAGUUUACAUUUUAGUAAAUAGUUGAAGAUUUGCACAUUUAGGCAAAAUACACUGUUCAAUAAUUCUUAUAUUGAUAGAAAGGAGGAAAUAUUUUUGAUCCUUAAAGGAAAAUGUCUUAAUGGUAAAACUUGUUGUGUUAAUGGCAGUAUUAUUCCACUUAAAUAACAUCAAAUGUAAUUUAUAAAAUCAGCACUUGUAGAGUAUAAAAAAUAUACACGUUUCCCAUGUUUUAUUUUAGGACUGUUGUGGUGGCCUGAAAGGACCGCAGGUAAUUUGAACAUUAUGAAUUGUAACAUUUCAUUAAUUCUGAAUUUGAAUUGGCCAGCCAGCUCUUUCCUAUCUCAAACCAUUUGUAGUGUACUUAGUUGCAGCCCAUUAUUCUCAGAUAACACUCAUUUCUUGAACUUCUUGAACUGAUUUUCUCAAGCAGAGCUGAUUAUUCUGACCAAUCAGGGAAAUGAACCACCUACAUAUGCUCAGAACAGCAGCCUGUUUAAAAGCUGUCUUAAGAGUAGUGCCUUGUGUAUUAAAUUUUAUAAGAACAAGUUGAUGUAAAUGUUCAUUUACCUCAAAUGUUUACAAAGCUGUUACUAAAUAAACUUUUUGU